AUCGUGAUGUACAUAGGCCAGGUCUCCAAGGACAUCCUGAAGUGGCCUCGGCCCCUCUCGCCACCUGUUGUCAAGCUGGAAAUGAGGACGGAUGCAGAGUACGGGAUGCCUUCCACACACGCCAUGGCAGCCACCGCCAUCUCCUUCUCCUUUCUCAUUGCAACCUUCAACCAGUACAAGUAUCCGUUUGAACUCGGCCUGGUCGCAGCGUUUGUGUUUUCGACGCUGGUGUGUCUCAGCAGGCUCUACACAGGGAUGCACACGGUGCUGGAUGUGAUCGGUGGAGCGCUGAUUUCUGCUGUGCUGCUUGUGCUCUUGUACCCUGCGUGGGACGUGAUCGAUCACUUGCUGUUAACCAGUCCCUUCUGCCCAGUGCUUUCCAUAGUUGUGCCUCUUGUCCUAUGUUACAACUACCCCAAACUGGACUAUUACAGCCCUACCAGGGGAGACACCACAACUAUCUUAGGAGCAGGAGCUGGAGCAACUGUGGGAUUUUGGUUAAAUAACCAGUAUACUGCACCAGCCUACACCAGCAAAAAUUUUCAGCUUGGAUUUCCUCUGAUCACUGGUAAAAUAGUGGUGGUCGGGCUAGCCAGGUUCUUUGUAGGGAUCCUUGUUCUUCUACUGACGCGCUGGCUCAUGAAGAGCGUUGUCCUCGGCAUGCUGUGUUACUGGUACAAGUUUCCCAUGCGCGACCUGGAAGCCCGAAGACGACUGGAGGUGGAAGUGCCAUAUAAAUUUAUAACGUACUCCUCGGUUGGCUUCACUGCUACCGUGCUUGUGCCGCUGCUGCAUGAGCUGCUAGGACUGAUGUGA